AUGCAUCCAAGUCCUAAAGCAAUUUCUUCUUCGAGGAAGAGAAGACGUUCAAAUUCUGCUGCCGCAGAAGGAUCGUAUGGCACAAAGAUUCGAUUCAUCUCCCUUCAGCGGAAUGAUUCGGAAAUGACACCAACUGCUGUACGAAAUAUUCUUGAUGUGCGUAAAGACCCAGUGCACAGAGGACGAGACUUUGAUUUGAUAGGCCUUUUGCAGAAUUUUCAUCAAGCAAUUGAAAGAUUGUCGACACAGAAUACUCAAGAGAAUUCUGAGUUCGAAUCGCUUAUUGAGGAAUUACACUCUUACAAGAAAGAAUACCAUGCACUCUGGACGAAGUUUGAGAAAUAUGAGAAGCAGUCGCAGCUAAUUCAAUCCCAGACGAAGUGUAACGACAAUAUCGAUGACUUGGGAAAUGCGGAAAAGGAUUCUCUUUAUAUUGCUCAAGUACAAAGUCGCAUGACCGAGAACUCAUUGUUAGGCACUAUAUCUGCUACAAAUGUUGAACUUGAUAAACAGAGAGCCCGGGUCACGAAUCAGGCAUAUGAGCUAGAAAGGUUGAAGACCAUUAUCAACAAAGAUUCCCACUUAAAGAAGACCAUGUCUCAGAAAAUCAAGGAUUUCGAACGGCGAUUGCAAGAAGAGAGCAAGGCAUCGAAAAAUGAGCUCAAACUUCAACGACAAAAAAUGACUGAAUUGAAUACACUCAAUCAAGGUCUCGAGAGACAGGUGGCUCUGUGCAAAAAGAAUAAUCAUAACCAGGCGCUCAUUGUCAAAGAAGCUUCGGAAUGGAAAAUUCAGUUCAAGAGGACUGUUCAGCUAAUGGAGUCGGAGAAAACUGAACUCAAUGGACUGUUGAAGGCGAAAGAUUGCGAAGUUCAAACCGCGAAUGCCAAAUGUGGAAAUCUGAAGUCCAAGGUCAAAGAACUGGAACUCAUCGCAACAACAACGAAACAGCUUGUUAACGCGCAAGCUCAGGAGCUCACAACUGCGCAGAACAGAAACGAUGAGCUCGAGUUAGUCACGAAACAAGAAGCGGAAAAUCAUACCAAGGUCAUUGAGGCCCUUCAAACGAGCGAAGCAAAUGCGCAAAGUUCUCAUGAAAUCACAAUGAGGGAACUGAAGGCAUCCAGGAAGCAGAAUGAAGAAUUGCAGUCGGUAAUCAAUGAAAUACAGUAUUCGAAAAGCGAACAAGCACAAGAAUUAGACAAUAUACGAAAGGAGAACCUUCGCCUUCUAGAUCGCAGAAACCGAGAGUACCAAGAACUUCACCAGAAGUAUGCAAACCUGGAGUCGACGCUUGAAAUUAUCAAGGUUACUGGUAUGGAAACUGUGAAGAACGAGAAAGAAUGGAAGAGACAAUCGAAAAUUGAAAAUGUUUGUGAUCACGAAAGGGAUUGGGAGAUAUUUCUCAAGCAAAAUGAGAGGAUUAUGGCAUCUUCUCAUGCUGCUGUCCAGGUCAAGAACCACGAACUUCAUGCUAAGGACCAAGAACUCCAGUGCAAAGUAUCAGAACUCAAUACCUACAAGACGGCGUUGAUUGACAUGGAAAUUUGUGCCAGCAGAACCCUCAAUUCUCUGCGACAUCAUAACCAAGAACUCUUGUCACUCGUUGCGGUGCAGGAUGCUAAAAUACAACAAGCUGAAAUCCUCAGAAAUCGGAUGAAGGAGAUGACUUUGGAACUAGAGAAUCUGCAGAUAGAAAAGGCCAAUACCGAGCGUUCUCUUGUGCACAAAUCCCAGGAAAUAGAAGAUCUCCAUAUCGAAUUUCGUUCGUCUUUACAACUGAUCAAGGAGAGAAAUUAUGCGGAGCUAGAGGCGCGCCUAUCUAUGCAGGAGAAAAAUCUGGAGCUUUCGACACUCAACAAAGGCAAGCAGGAUGCAUGCCUGUUGGCCGAAGAAAAGGAUCGGAUCUUAAAGAAGCUAAGGGACACCGACAAUGAAAGGGGGAAAGAGCUAGGCAAACUUCGCAAAGAGCUGGAAACCGCCCUCGAUGUGACAAGACAGGAACUUGGAAAAUCGCAAUGCCCGGUAUGUAAGUAUGCCCAAGAGAAAGUUCAGGCGAAUGAAUAUCCAGGUAAGGAAUUGAGCCAGAAACAUAGAGCAAUGAAUCAUGCCCAGACGCAAACAGUCGAUGGUCAUAAGGAUCUGGAAGCUCAAGGAAAUGAUUCUUGGACGACGGACGAGAGGAUAGAUAUGUUAUGCACGACAUUGACAAAUCAGCUAUCUCUCGCGAGCGAAAAACAAGAGAAACAAGCGGGGUGCUCGGCACGUCGUCCAAUGGCCGAUAUCCAAUUGAUAUGUCCUCCACUCCCCGAACCGUCCGCGCACCCAGCACACCAAAAUGAAGAGAAAGGGACUGCGGUAACCAUCGUACUGCCAGUGAAAGCGCACGCUUUGCGGAACAGCGAAUUGCAGAACGACGACGCGGAUCUCAUACACCAAGAAGAAAGGCCGAUUGACUCGCAUUUGGAGAAGUCACGCAAAAUGCUAGAUGGAAAUAAAAUCGUGAAGCAUAUGCAGGUUCAGUCGAACACGGUCAUGAAUCGAGGCAAAAGACUUUUCACAGAAGACCAGUCCAGGGCGCAAAUCGACGAAUAUGAGCCGGAACCACUAACGAUACGAGGAGAGCCUCAACUCGCUGCUUCAAGAAAGGCAUUUCAAGUGGAGCUACCUGUAGAGGAACCAGCACGAGAAUUUGGAGCCUCGAACGUCGUGAACACAGAAACCGACAAGGACAAGACGAAAGUGUCAAAUACAGAGAAGGCUGCAGAGUUGAUGGUCGAACUGGUGGAGAACCCUGCUUUGACUAUUCAAUCAAAAGCCUUGCAGGAGGAACAUUUCGACUCCCAAAUGCGUGGGUUCAGGAUUACCCAGCAGAAGUACAGAGACGGCCAAGUGACCAUUCAAGGUCAUGAUCGGGAACUCGAGCUUAUCAAGAUCGACGCAAAUGAACGUUCACGAGAGCUGCAAGCUUUUGGAGCGAAAGAAGCAGCAGAUAGGGCACUUACGCAUGCGACAGCCGAUUUACGGAAACAGAUUCAGACCCUCGAAACGGAGUAUCAAACACAGGAGAAAAUCCUUCAACUUGCAAAUGAGCAGUUACUCAGCGCUAACAAGAACCUGAGGAAUAUGGCAGCGGAUUACAACAACAUGCAAAUGCUUGCCGCAGAAGAGAACACGCAGUUGAUAAAAGAGCAGACCCGCACCACUCACUUGACUAUCCAACUGAAAGAUUGUCGUGAACAGUGUAGCUCUCAAAAGUCCGCGCUCGAUACUGCGGAACAGCAAUUGGAAUCCCUUCAAAAAACUCUAAAUGCCCGAUGUCAGGAACUUGAGUCUUUGAAGGACAAUAUGGCGACUCAGAAAGACAUCCUGGCUGAGAAGAAUGCUCGACUCUUGGAUGAACAAGAGCAGUCCGCUGAUUUGGCCAUUCGAUUGAAGACAUUGCAAAAACAAACUGAUCUUGAGCACUGUAGACUAGAAGAAACAUUGCAAGAAUUGGAGAAUCUCCGGAUGAAAAAUCAGGAUCUGCUACGGGAACUAGCGUCGCUCAAGGAUCAAAAUAUUGCCGUGAGAAUCAUCGCAAAAGGGACCAGCCAGCCAAUAAAUAUGCAGAAUCAAACGAAUCAAGAAAGGAAGUAUACUAUGACGCAGGAACACCGUCAGCAGCAUCGGAUUGACCUCGAAAAAGCGGUUCGAGACAAUAAGUCACUCGAGGUCCGGAAGAUUACAGAUGAGUUGGUCGCUGUUCCAGCUUCAAAUGCGGCGUUGGAGAAUCAGGUCCUCCAAUCAAAAACACAACCUCGGGGGAAAAGUCUACAAUUCAAGGUCCCUCAAAAGACACAUGAUACUCCGGCAUCCAACCUCGAGACUCCAAUUUGGAGAGGUCUCAAGAAAAGUUUAAGCAAUGCUGAUGUGGGAACGGAAGUUGCAACCAGACACAGCUACGCGUUGGGUUUUCGAAAGAAGGAUGCAGACGAUGGAGAAUAUCGGUUCUUCAAGAAUCAGCGAGCAUCGAUCUAUGUGCGUUCAGAUUUUGGUACGCACCGAAAGCAUCUGCUUAUAGCUGUUGUCCUGAACAAAGGCAUCCAAUGA